AUGUUGAACAAUCCAAAUGCACUUUAUGUGCAAUCUAGUGUAGGGGUGUAUCCAUUGCAGAAUAUAACAACUGACAUAUGUGAUGCAGUUGUAAAAACAUCACAUCGCAUGGAUGAAAAUUUGGUCACAAUUGUUCCCAUUCCUGAUGCAAUGAGUAUAGAAGACGGCAGAGUGUUUUGCAAUAAGGAUGUUUUGAAAUUGAGCAUGUCUUUUUUUGCCAUACAGAAUAUGUUUGAAUACGUGGUAGUUCGAUCGGAUAAGAAGGAGUAUCUAGUCAAGUGCUCACAUGAUGACUGCAGCUGGAUAUGUAGGUCUUCAAGGUUGGGAAAAACAGAGAUUUUCAAAAUUCAAAAGCUAACUGAUGGUCACACAUGUGCUUCAAACAUAGUCCUAGGAGCUCACAGGCAAGUCUCAACAUCUGUGGUGUCCUCAUACAUCAAGUAUAAGUAUACAUCAUCGUGUACUAUCUACACUCCGAACGAUAUAUGUAACGACAUGUUGCAUACGUAUGUGGUCACAAUGAAUUAUGUUAAAGCUUGGAGGUCACAAGAAAUAACUUUGAAACUAAUCAGGAGGGAUCCAAUAGAGUCAUUUCGGAAGCUACCAAGCUACUUUUACAUGCUUGAACAAAUAAAUCCUAGAACGGUAAUAAAGUUGAAAGUCGAUGGUCACAACAGAUUCAAGUACUGUUUCAUGACACUUGGUGCAUCGAUUGAGGAAUGGGUCCACUGUAAGCCUGUAAUAGUUGUGGACGGCACGUACCUGAAUGGAGGUACUCUAUUUACAGCUUGUACACAUGAUGCUAAUAACAACAUCUUUGUACUUACAUUCGGUGUUGGGGAUAACGAAAAUGAUGCAUCUUGGACAUGGUUUUUAGAAAACCUUAGGAGUACUUAUGGUAAUAGGGAAGGACUUUGUUUUGUAUCAGAUAGGCAUAACAGUAUAAAGAAUGCAGUCGAAUGA